AUGGUUGACUUAUUUACAUUACUAUUACUAUCAUUAACUGUAUUAAUUCUUGCUUCACUUAUAUUGAUUAAGAACAAAAAGAAAAAUGUCAUUAACCAAUCGAUUCCAGUUGUUUCAAGUUGUUAUCCAAUUAUUGGCCAUCUUCUAUCGUUCAUAUUUAAUCAAUCAAAGUUUAUUCUUGAUUGUCGUCAGCGUUACGGAUCAGUAUUUCAAAUUAAGCUGCCAUCAAAACGUAUAAUCUUCAUAACAGAUCCACGUGAUUGGGCAACAGUUUAUCGAAAUUCAAAUUUCUAUUUUCCAGGUGACGAUCUUGGAAUUAAAAUAUUUGGUAUGAGUGCAAACAAUUUUAAUCAUAAAGAAUAUCAUGAUGAAGAACACCGACUGUACGCCAGGUAUUUACAAAAUAAUGGUCUCAAUGAACUAACACAACAAUUCGUUAAAUAUCUGCGACAGUCGAUGUUAAACGAUAAAGACACAUUUGAGAACGAUCAAUGGAAAUAUUCUGGUUUGUUAGAAUUAAGCCAUCUAAUGAUUUACGAAGCAUCAACUCGCGCAUUGUUUGGUGAUAUAAAACCAUUAGAAUUUGAAAAACAAUUUAAAAUCUUUGAUAACAAAAUUCAUUAUUUUUUCGCACUCUUACCCAAAUUUAUUUAUACUUUAUUUUUCUCACAAGCACUGGAAGCACGUCAAUCCUUAAUGAAAGUAUUUUCAUUAAACCAACAUUGUAAUGAUGAAAGUGAAUUUAUGAAACACCGCUUAGAUUCAAUGCACGCCCAUCCAGAAUGGUUUUCAAACAACGAUGUUGGAUCGAUGAAUCUUGGAAUGUUUUGGGCAUCGCUUGGCAAUACAAUUCCAGCUACUUUUUGGUCAUUAUACUAUAUUCUACGCGAUCAAAAAGCACUUGACGAUAUUCAACAAGAAAUUCAACUCUAUUUACCGGAUAAUGAAUUAUGGACAUCAGAAAUGUUAGCAAAAUGUUCCAAACUAGAUAGUGCUGUAACUGAAACCUUACGAAUGGCUUCCAGUCCACUAAUGUUAAAAUAUUGUCGUAAUCAAACACAGAUUCAGUUACAUGAUCAACGUCAAUUGACAAUUGAAAAAGGAGGUGCAAUUUCUCUAUAUCCAAUGGCAUCCCAUUAUGAUCAUCGUCUAUAUCCCGAACCAUUUGAAUUUAAAUAUGAUCGUUUUCUGGGCAAUCAAUAUAUGCUAGCAAAUUUAGAAUUCGAACAAGAAAAAAUCGGUUCAAUUGGAUUUCUACCAUUUGGUUAUGGCAAGAGUAUGUGCCCAGGAAGAUUUUUUCUUCGAAAUGAAAUAAAAAUAUGCACAGCAAUGAUAUUGAAAUAUAUUGAUUAUAAAUUUAUUAACGUGAAUGACCAUCCUAAACAGAGUCGAUAUCGUGUCGGUGUCGGUAUUGCACCACCUGAACAUGAUAUUCAGAUACGUUAUAAAUAUAAAUCAUUUCCUGUCAUACGUGUGAACUGCUAG